AAAGAAUUAUAAAAUUUUAGGUCUCAAGAAAUGUAAACAGUUUGGUUCAAGUCAAGCAUUAAAGAAAAUAGGUUCGAAGAUGUUCGCAACUGCUUUUCCGGGAUGCGAAAAGUUUGUGAGUGAUGACGACAAACACUUCAGAUGCAUUGCAAGAUCUAUGGUUAUAACCCUAAGUCACCAAACAGGAACAGUAAAAAUGGGAAAUCCACGAGAUCCUUCAACAGUGUUAGAUCCUCAACUUCGAGUGAAGACGAUAAAAAAUUUGAGAGUCGUGGAUGCUUCAGUGAUGCCGUCAGUACCCAGCGGAAAUACUAAUGUCCCUACAAUGAUGGUUGCAGAGAAAGCGGCAGACUUAAUCAAACAGGGAAUUACAUGUUCCUCAUAAUGUACUACAAACCUUAAUUACAAAAUAAAGACUUAUGUAAAUGGG